CUACAAGGCUUUCUCCUUCGCGUUCGAAUCAGCUGUUCGGAGAAAGAGUGCACUCAGCGGCCAUGGCUGAGGAAGGCCGUGUAGCAGCGGCCCUCAAGGCCACUAGUCUGAACAUCAUACUUCAUAUAUCGAUGCGUAUCUGUACUUUUGUUCUCAACGCCUUCAUUCUUCGCCACGUCACGAAAUAUUCAUUCGGGGUGAUCAAUGUACGACUGAUGCUCCUGUUCUCAACGAUACACUUCUUGGCGAGCGAACCCUUCAGGAGAGCGUGUUGCACAAAUACCUCCCAUCACAAAUGGCCGAAGGUCAUCACUCUGUCCUGGCUGUCGGUGCCGCUGGCCGCUGUGGUGGGAGCCGUACUAUCUCUUCUAUGGGUCCACGGUCUGGAAUCCCCCGAAGACCCAACCUAUCCAGCAGCGGUACUGGUGACCUUCAUCGCUGCCAUCAUCGAAGUUUCCGCCGAACCCAUGUUUAUUGUUGGAUGCGCGUCUGGAUAUGUGAAAUUCAAAGUUUUCGCCGAAGGAUCGGCACUGGCCUUCAGAUGUAUUUCGAUGUCGCUGCUCAUCGUCAUGGACCCAGACAACGCGCUGAUGGCAUACGCGAUCUCUCAACUUUUGUCAUCGGUGUAUUUCAGCCUGGUUUUCUACGUAUACUUCCAUUAUGUCUGCUCUCGGAAAUUAGACAAGGCUCUUCCGAUAGCGAGAAUAUCUCAGAUGCUGCCUUCGUUGGAGGGCGUAGACCGUCGGGUGGGAUCUCUCGCUGCGUCAUUCAUGAAGCAGACCGUAUUCAAACAAGUUCUCACUGAAGGCGAGCGUUAUGUGAUGACGACAUUUUGUGUUAUUGAUUUCGCAUCUCAAGGCGUCUAUGAGGCCGUCAACAACCUCGGUUCUCUAGCCGCUCGAUACAUAUUUCAGCAAGUUGAAGAGAACGGGUACCUUUUGUUCGGUCAGAUCCUGAGCAGAGGGGAUGCUAGGAAGAAGUCGGACGUUUUGCUCGGUGCCGAAAUUCUCAGCAAUCUCCUCAAGUUAAUGCUCAUCGUGGCCUUGAUUAUAGUAGCUUUCGGCCAAGCCUACAGCGGCACCCUCCUCUACCUAUACGCUGGGGAGAGUCUCCUGCCUCUCGGGAAGACCCUUAUGCGGUUCCAUUGUGUCUAUAUCGCUUUCAUCGCGAUCAACGGCAUCACCGAGUGCUUCGUCUUCGCCACCAUGACCAAAGAUCAGCUUGACGAGCACAAUCGCAAGAUGGCAAUGUGCUCUAUUGUAUUCCUCGUCGCCUCGUAUGCAUUCUCCAAGGUGUUCGGGGCGGUAGGAUUAAUUCUAGCGAAUAUGGUUAAUAUGAGUUUACGCGUUGUUCUUAGUUUUAUUUAUAUUCGAGAACAUCACAAAGGAGUAGGCGUCGACAUUAUCGCGCAAUCCAUUCCAGACUGCCGAGUGAUAGCGAUGCUGGUCUUCAGCUGUGGCUGUUGCUUAGUGAGCGAAUUCUUCGUGGGCGAAAUAAUGCUUCUACACAUACUUUUCGGCGGUAUCCUUUUCAUACUGUCGCUGCUGACUUUGUUCUUCUUCGAGAGAGAUUUGAAAGCUUUCAUCCAGAGGAGUCUGAUCGAGAAGAGAAUUUAACUUGGGCUUCAGAAAUGCUGCUACGCGUCCGGAUUGAUUCCGUCCGCGGCCGACGAUGCAGCAGUCUCAAACUGUGAUCUCCGUCGUGUUAGGUAGACAGAAAAUGUACACUAGGGGGCGGAUGAUAUUGACUGGUGUUAACUUGAUUGGUCGAUUCACUGAUUGAUGAAUUAAUCAGUGACACCGACUCGGUGCUCCCGAUAUAUUUCAAGCGGAGGAUUGAGAUUUGAAAACGGAUCGAGGCGAUUGAUUAAUGAAAAAAGCUUAUAUUUACAUUGCGAUAAGCUGUAUGAAUGAAGCUACAAUUCCAUCUGCAAUUACAUCCUUAGCUACAACGGAGCAGCUCGCGAGCACAAUCGGAAUAUAUAUUCCUUCAGAGAAAAUACCUUCCUUUCUUUAUUGACCUAG